CUCACUCCCACUCACUCCCUCACUUACUUAUUCUCACUCUCUCACUCACUAAAUUUCCAUUUUUCUAAAAAAAAUAAAAAAUAAUGGGAAUUUCUAAAAGCAAAAAAAUUCCACUAAUUUGUGUGUGUUUUUGUGUAUGGAUGAUGAUACAAGUUGUUAACUCAUCCAAAUUUGAUGAACUAUUCCAACCCAGUUGGGCUUCUGAACAUUUAAUCUAUGAAGGAGACCUUCUCAAGCUCAAACUUGAUAACUUUUCUGGAGCUGGGUUUCAAUCAAAGAGCAAAUACAUUUAUGGGAAAGUAUCCAUUGAAUUGAAGUUGGUUGAAGGUGACUCUGCUGGUACUGUUACUGCCUUCUAUAUGUCAUCAGAUGGUCCAAAGCAUAAUGAAUUUGAUUUUGAGUUUUUGGGAAAUAGUAGUGGGGAACCAUACUUGAUUCAGACAAAUAUAUAUGUAAAUGGAGUGGGUAAUAGAGAACAAAGGCAUAGUCUUUGGUAUGAUCCUACUAAAGACUUCCAUACCUACUCUUUGCAUUGGACUCCUCAUCAUGUUGUAUUUUCAGUAGACGAAACACCAAUCCGUGAGCACACAAACUUAGAACACAGAGGAAUAGCCUUUCCCAAAGAUCAAGCAAUGGGUGUAUACAGUUCAAUAUGGAAUGCAGACGAUUGGGCUACACAAGGUGGUCGAAUCAAAACCGAUUGGUCACAUUCACCUUUCAUUGCUACUUACCGAGACUUUCAGAUCGACGGUUGCGAGUGCCCGGAACCCGCUGCGGUUUCGGACAACAUGAAGAGAUGCACAAGUGGUGGUCAAAAGAAAUAUUGGUGGGAUCAGCCCACAAUGUCUGAACUUAGCCUUCAUCAAAACCAUCAGCUUAAAUGGGUUCGGGCUAAUCAUUUGGUUUAUGAUUAUUGUAGUGAUGCUUCACGGUUUCCGGUGAUGCCGGUCGAGUGUGUGCAUCAUCGCCAUGAGCGCCGCCAUUAGUGGUGGUUGUGUUGGGUUGGGUAAUUGUGGGAUAUGGGGUUAUGGCUUGUGGUGUGGUUUGAUCAUGAGGGCUUGAUUUUUUUGUAUAAAAGGUGCGAAAAAAAGCCAAUGUAAAAAUUGCAUGUAAAAAUUGUUCUUUGUUUUAAUUUUAUUGGCUUUGUUUAUUACUCUCUA